CCCUGUUUGGGGGAGCUUUCUACAGCUUCUAGAACUCCAACCAGCUGGAAAAGCUAGAAGCUCCCCCAAACAAACCCGCUUUUCCCAAUAGCUAGCAGAUCCAAAAGCUCAGUUUUGCCUGGAAACGAAAAGCUCCGCGAGGGGAGCUUCCCGAGCUUGUACCCUUCAGUGUUACAGACCUCCCCACGAAACUUCAAUGAAAUUACCCGCUUUUGCCACUAGUAUAUAACAAAAAUUUUCCCCUCUCCCCGUCUCUGCUGCGCCCCUCCACCCCCUCCCCCUCCCGAGCGACCGAGAGGGUCGCGCCGCUCCCUCCCAAGCGACGGACCAGGGCGCCAAGCUUAGGUCGCUGCUCAGGGCGGCCGGCGCAAGGCUGCUCCCCCGACCCGGACUCCAGAUCGAGGAAGAGAAGGCCCCGCCGCGGCUCCUGGUCCCCGUCGCAGCGCCCCAAGCCUGCUGGACCUGCUCGCGCCCCCCCCCCCCUGCGGAGCGACGGAGCUUCCUAUUCCGGCAGCUCGCAGCUCCGCCCGGCGGCCAUUCACCCGCGACCUUCUCUCCGGCCGGCGGCCCAGCUGUGUCAAUCUUGGAGGUCGCAUCCAAGGUAAGCACACAUUUCUUCCCACCCCACACUAGUUUUAGGGAUUUAUGCCUAGGGUUUGGAUUUGAUUAGUUCAUUUAAACUACAUUGGUCUUCCAUGCCUAAGGUAGCAGGUGUUCUUUUAGCCACCAACUACAUUUAACCUUGCGGAUGUAUCCCUAAAUCGAUUCCCCUGAAUUAUCGAUUAAGACCUCAGUUACCAAAUUAAAUAGGAUACAGAAGAAAAAAAGGAGGUGGACAGAACAGAUCGAUGGGUUGGUAAAAAAAGUGGAUAGAUGCAGGCCCUGAUUCAAUGGAUUGCUAAUUCGAUUCCAGGAGCUAUGUGGUUAUUUUUUUUCUGCUAAUGAAAUUAGAACAUUUCUCGAUGAAAAUGGAAUUAGAACAUAAUCUGGUGUGCUGCACAUAGACAAACAGUCAAGCAUUACCAAAGCAUUAUCGUAAGUUAUGCAUGAAUUGAAUCUUACCAGAGAAACAAUGAAAAUGAAAAUGGCCAUGUGAAUAACAGUAUUAGACCAUUUUUAAAAAGAAAUAUGGGUCCGAGUACUUGUAUGUUGCUUAUUGUUGGAGUAAUUUUGUUAGUAUAGAUGGAGAAAGGGAAGGUGAAGACACCAAAAGCAGUAUGGGAUGCAUAUGCAACCAAAAUAUUUUGUCAGAUAUGUAAGGAAGAAACUCUAGCUGGGAAUAGGCCAGGGACUACCUUGAGUUCGAUUGGGUACAAGAACCUUGAGGAAAAAUUUUUUGCUAUCACCAAACGACACUACCCACAUGGAAAAUUGAAGAACAAAUGGGAUACUUUGAAGCCACAGUACAACUUGUGGUUGGAUUUGAAGAGGGCUGCAACCGGUCUUGGUUUCGAUGUUACAAAGGGGAUAAUUACAGCAAGUGAUGAAUGGUGGGAGGACAAGAUAGCGCAAAACAAGAAAUAUGCAGCCUUUCGUGAAGCACCUAUGGACAACUUAGAUGAGCUUGAAGUUAUGUUUCAAAACAUCAAUGUCACAGGUUUAUCUUCGAUCAUUCCGGGAGUUCAAAAAACUACAGCUCCCAUUGAUGUUGGUGAUGAUAGUAAUGAAAAUGAAGAGAACAUACACAUUUCACAUGAUGCAAAAAAAGAAGGAAAACGCAAAGCUAGAGAUGUUGACCAUACUUUUAGCCCAAAGAAGAAGGGUAGGAAUCCUAUGGUUAAGCAAGUGUCACGACUUAUCGAUGUGUUGGCUACUAGUAAGAGCAAACAUGAACAAAAGGUUGAAGAUGACAUCAUAGAGCUCAUGGAUCAAGCUGUCAAUGCAGGGGCUAGUGAAGGGAGUGAUGAGCAUUUUAUGGCCACCCAACUCUUUGUGAAGCGUGAAAACCGUGCAGUGUUUCGUUCCAUCAAAACAAAUGAAGGAAAGGUGGCUUGGCUGAAGAGGAUGUAUGAAGAGAGGAAAAAUAAAUAAAGUAGUCUCACUAAUGUGCUAUAUCCUUUUUAUUUCACCUGCGUUUAUGUAAUGCUACCCUAUUUAUUUCAGUUGCAUUUAUGUAAUGGUACCCUAUUUAUUUUAGCUGUUAUUUAUGCGAUGUUACCCUUGUUAUUCCAGCUGUUAUUUGUUGUUGUAAGUGCUAUCUGAAUAAUUGUCAAUCUGUUUUUUAGAUGAGCACAUCAAGUGAAAGUGACAAUUGUUCAUCUAGUAAGAGUGAGAAUGACACUGAUGAUGCAUCAGAAGUAUUGGUAGCAUCAAUAGUGACUCUCAUUGCUAUGGAUCACAGUGAAAAAUAUCUUGGGAAAAGAAAGAGACCUCCUCCUCGCCAGUCUGGGUAUCAAUGGGUCAUGGAUCAGCUACAAGUCAACAAAGAUUGCUACAACAUGUUUCGUAUGAAUCGUCAUGUAUUUGCUAGGUUGCAUGAAACAUUGGUCGAGAAUUAUGGGCUUAAGUGCACAAGAGUUAUGAGCUCUGUUGAAGCCUUGGGAAUGUUCUUAUGGAUGUGUGGUGGUCCUCAAUCAUUUAUCACUGUUGAGAAUAUAUUCAAGCGAUCCACUGAAACAAUUAGUCGAAAAUUUAGUGAAGUCCUAGAGUCUGUCAAUCUGCUAGCUGGAGACAUCAUCAAACCAAAAGAUCUACAAUUCAGAACAGUGCAUCCAAGGCUUCAAGAUGAUCGGUUUUCACCCCACUUCAACAAUUGCAUAGGUGCCAUUGAUGGCACACAUGUACGUGUUGUCGUGCCAGCAAAUGAGAUGAUUCCUCACAUUGGCCGUCAUGGAUACCCAACACAGAAUGUCAUGGCUGUGUGUGAUUUUGAUAUGAGAUUCACAUUUGUUGUAGCCGGAUGGCCUGGAUCUGCUCAUGACUCUCGAAUAUUCAAUGAUACUUUGUGCCGCUACUCAGAUGCAUUCCCACAUCCUCCUGAAGGAAAAUAUUAUCUUGUUGAUUCUGGAUAUCCCAACAAGAAAGGUUUCCUAGCUCCCUACAGAGGGCAAAGGUAUCAUUUACCUGAAUUUCAAGGUGGCCAAAGGCCAAGUGGUCUUAAAGAGGUUUUUAACCAUGCUCACUCCUCUCUUCGCAAUGUGAUUGAACGUUCUUUUGGGGUGCUGAAAAUGAAAUGGCGAGUUCUAUUACAUAUGCCAAGUUUCCCGGUUGAGAAGCAAAAGAAGAUCAUCAUUGCAUGCAUGGCACUUCAUAACUUUAUUCGUGACAGUGCUUUGAGUGAUGAGCUAUUUCAAAUGUGCGAUGAGGAUGAAGAAUACAUGCCAGAGGUUGAUUCAUCAGAAGAAGAAGAAGAAGAAGUGCAUAACAGUGGUCCAUCAUCAGAUGAUGUUGAUAUGUGUGCAUUUCGUGAUUUCAUUGCGAACUCCUUGAUGGCAGAUAGAGGGUAGACAAGUAGUGAUGGUGCACAACUCAUUUUGUUUGUAAAAAGUAGCCCUUUGGUAUUUUGUAUGGCUUGAAAAAUGUUAGUCAUGCUUCGGAUGUGCUUUUGUGUAAGCUCAAUGAAAUAAUUGAAAUAGUAUGAUUUAAUAGGCCAUCUUAAAUAUUAA